AACCACUACUAGCGUCACUCCAACCAUAAAUCUUCUAGGCCAUGCCCAAGCUGGAAGCAACUCACAAGGAAUGCAUCCGCAAUAUCAAAGUACCGCUUUUCAAUUUUUUGGUCUUAGGCUGACCGGUAAACAUGAAACCAGCUCUUACGACAAAUUCAACUGGGGUGUGGCUAACCGAGCAGCAUCUGUUCGCCUACCACGCAGCGUUGCUCUCAAUAAAAAGGGUUACUUGGAAGACCGCCGGCCCUCGUCGAACUGUGAUCCUUAUCAAGUUACACGAAUGCUUGCCGAAAGUAUUCUCUUAAGAUAAAC